GGAGCCACUCCGCCCAACCCCGCCCCGCGAGGACGACCGAGGCGGGGCUGCCGGGCUCUGCUGCGGGCGAGCCACUCAAUCCGCGUCCAGCGAGCCGCUCGGAGCAUGGAGCCCGUGUCGCUGCAGGACUUCGUGUGCUCCCUGGACCCCGCCUCACUCCCGCGUGUGCUGCAGGUCUGCUCCGGGGUCUAUUUCCAGGGCUCCAUCUACGAGAUCUCUGGGAAUGAGUGCUGCCUCUCCACAGGGGACCUGAUCAAGGUCAUCCAGGUUCACCUCCAGAAGGUGGUCUGCGAGAAUCCGGAGACAGGCCAGACGAUGGUGCUUGCUCCCAACUUCCAGGGCCACUUCAGCCUCCUCACUGGCCCCCAGAGCUAUGGAACCCUGGAGGAGCUGGUCUCUGCUGCAAACCAGAGCUCCAAGAAGCUGCCCAUCUGCUUCAUGUCAACCUACAAAAUUGCCACCAAGGCCAGGGUGGUGCCUGAGAAGCAGCCCCUCAAGCUUGUGGCUGUGGAAAUGGACCUCGGGACCUGCUGUGCCCGCUGUGUGCUGGACACUGGGGCCCAGCAGGUCCUAUUGCAUCUGCCCCUAUCCCAGAAGGGGCCCUUCUGGGAACUGGAGCCUGGCACCCAUCGGACCCUGCUCCAGGUCCUGCAGGACCCGGCCCUGAGGGACCGCCUCCUCACCUGCCCUGCCCUCCCCUGGUGCUCCCAGAGGCUGAGGCCCGAGUACAAGAUCGAAGCCAUCAUGCACAUGCGCAGGUCCGUUGUCAAGAUCCCCUCCACCCUGGAGGUGGACGUGGAGGACGUCACCGCCUCCUCUCAACACAUCCACUUCAUCCAACCAAUGCUGCUGAGCGAGGUCCUGGCCCGGGGAGGCCCCUUUCCCCUGCUCACAGAGAUCCUGGAAGUCCCGGACGGGCCCCCGAUCUUCCUCAGCCCGUGGGUAGGCUCCUUAAAGAAAGGCCAGAGGCUCUGCAUCCAUGGCGUGGCCUCACCACCCUGGCGGCUCCUGGCCUCCACCAAGGGCCGGAAGAUGCCCAGACACUUUAUGAUCUCCGGGGCCUACCAGGGCAAGCUGCGGCGGCGGCCCAGAGAGUUCCCCACGGCCUAUGACCUCCUGGGUGCCCUCCAGCCCGGCCAGUCCCUCCGGGUGGUGGCCACAAAGGACUAUGAGGGCGAGGGGUUGGAGAACCCCGGGUUCACAUCCCUAGCCAUGGGCGACAGGCUGGAGGUAUUGUGGUCAGACCAGGCCCUGGGGGCUGAAGACAGGGACACAGAUGUCUUGGUGUGUCAGCGGCUGAGUGACGAGGCUGAGAAGGAAGGGGAAGAAGAGUGCGAAGGGGAGGCCGAGCACCAAGAACAGAUUAUGCUGCCCCUCCACACUCCCGGCGGCUUCGUGGAGGAGCUGAGCGACGGCCGGCGCUACAGCCUGCAGGAUCUGACUGUCCAGUUCUCACUGCCCUGUGAGGUCAAGGUGAUGGUCAAGGACACCAACCACCCUGCUGACCCUCUGACCUCCUUCCCGGGCCUGCGGCUGGAGGAGAAGAUCGUGGAACCCUUCUUGGUGGUCAGCCUGGACUCCAAGCCAGGGAUGUGCUUCGAGAUCCCUCCGCGGUGGCUGGACCUGACUGUUGCGGAGGAAGAGGAGCCGCCAAGCCAGCCGCCUGGGUCCCUCCCCGUAGCCACAGUGGAGGAGCUGACGGAGGCCUUCUACUAUCGCCUUCGGAAGUUACCAACCUUCGAGAGUCAAGCUCCCCCGCCCAGGCCUCCGAAAAGUAAGGGCCUCAGUGGGCAGAAGAAGCAGGGCAGCAAGGAGAAAGGCGUCAAGUCGUCUCAAAUCUUAAAACUGCAGGAACCAUUUCUGCUGCCCAAACCCAAGGUGCAGACCUGGCCAAAGACCACCGAGGACAUCUCAAAUCUGUAUAGUCAGACUCCUGGCCGCAAGAAGGGCCUCACGCCCACUAAGCCCAUCACGCAGGAUUUGGAUAAUGAACAUGAUUACGAAGAAAUAGUUGAGAAGUUUCCAAAAACCCUGUAGGUGCUGGAGGAACCUUCCUUCGUAACUGCUGCUUCUCAGGGAAUCCAAGAUACCAGCCAACCAUUACAGACCUUCAGAAGACCAUGGACAGGUCUCUCAGAAAUCAGACUGUGGAUGAGGAAUGGUCGUGUGGGGACUGAUCUGAAAUGGGACGGACACAGCCCCUGCUUCCCUCAGGUUCUAGGUUCCUGCCGCUGAGGGCUGGCUUCUCUGGGCCCAACAUUUUGCGUUUGGCUGACUUAGCCUUGGAGCUUUGCUAUCAAAUAGCCAACUGGGUUCUACUCAGUCCUUCAUCCCCAGCUCCGGUUAGUGCAGGAAGGACACUGCCCACCUGGGUGAUGGCAGCACGAUGCCUCCUGCCUCUUGGUAAAGGGGACUCAAUCCAGAUCACACACAGUACUGGUAGCCUUUGUUUGCCACCCCUGCUCCACUCUUUCCUCCCUCUCCCCCUCCCUCUGCCCGAGGGACCAGGACUGUCCUCAUCUCUGCAGCACCCAGCACAGGACAGCUGUAGAUGACCAUCCAGGAUUACUUCACUUUAAAACCACAGAAUAAAAAUGACAUCUGAGCUUCUGGAAAAAUGAUGGGAUGAUCACUUAUUAAGUUUUGUCUGUGUGCCAGACCCUUAACAAACCCUAUCUAAAUCCUCAGCUCUCUGAGGUAGACAAUGGCCUGAUUUUAAAGAUCAGGAAACAAGCUUCUCAGUCUAGAGCUUCAACAGCAGGCUAGUCACGGGCCUGGGCUGGAUCCUUGCUCACCACCUAUCAGCUGUGCCUUACAAGUUGUUUCAGCCUCUCUAAGCUUCAGUUUGUUCACAUGUAAAAUGAAACUCAGUUACCUACCUCAAAAAAUUAUUUUAAGGACCAACUGAGAUAGUAUUUGUAGAGCAUUCAGCACAGUGCCUGGCGCGUAACAAACAUUCAGUAGACAUGUUAGUAUCAUUAUUGUUGACCAAGGUCAGAGAGCUGUAUAUGUCUCUACAACCAGCACCCUCUCCACACACUCACACUGUCUCCUAGUCCCGGAAUUCAUCCUAGUGUUUAAAAUACAGUAUGGUCCUGGGCUGAGGAGAGUGUGUACCAACCAGCUGGAGAGCCUCGCUGUGCAGUAUAGUGAGGUAAGAGAAGAAACACUGUCUGUGCAGAGGCUGACUCAGGUUCCAAGCCCAGUGCAGGCCUGAGCAGUGAGGUAAGACCACGGGCCUCAUCUCCUCUGGGGGUGGGACUCUGGCUUCCUGGCUGAUGCAGUCACGGAACAAAGCACCACAGUUGGCAGAGGACAGGACAGAG